AUCGACAGAACAGCGCGACACGGAUACGUCACUGAGUUUCAAAAAGUGUUUAAUAACAUUCGUGAUAAGGAGGUAUAGUUAGGUUUUGCCUUUGCCAGUUCUUGACGUUUGCUGAGUCACCUGUUGUAAUGUCUUGAUUAAGAAGCGUAGUUAGACACUGAAACAAGAGUAAAUCAUAGCUGUCACUGUCAGUGAAAAAGAGUUUGUAGCUUUAAAGGUAUGAGGUCCCAAAAAGAUUCACGUAAAACCAUAAUUUCUAUCGAAAUAACACUUGCCGUUAAAAGCACCUGCUUUAGUAUCUGUCUCACGAAGCGUUAAAAUGCCAGAAAAAUUAUUGUUUUGUGAUAAGCAAUAUUUCUGCUGAUAUGCCGGUAUCAGUGCAGCUCCCAUCUAAAUUUCCAAGAUCUACCUUUGUAAGGAAUACUUUAACUUUAUUACGGAUGUUUUCGCUGUGAUUUUAUGGUGCUGUCUAUUCAGUUGGUAUAUGUAUUUUAUGACCUAAGAGAUUAAUUUCUUAAGUGUAGUGCCUAGGCAGUAAUUCAGAAAGGUUUGACACCUGAACAUGGAGAUUUCAAAAACCGUGUUUAACCGCCAGACAACGAAGAAACUAAGUCAGUAUUAGAGACCUCAUGAAGUUUCGCAUUUAGAUUUCUCCUCCAUGCAGAUUGAUUGAUUUUUACUUGGCCCUAUUUGAUCACAUUUUGUGCAAUGUAUGUGCUUGUAAAUAGGACAAGUCAAUGUAAUCCAAUGUCUCAAGCCUACAUAUUACUGUACAAAAACUCAAACUGGCAAAUAGGAAAAUAUAAAUUCUACAAUUACCUUUCCCUCAGAAUGGGUGCCCUAGGAAGAUAUGGAUUCUUCAUUGUAAGCACACUGGGGCUAUUUAGUGCUAUAUUUUGGACAUACAUAUCACAAGUACCACCACUUCCGGAAAUUAAACCUCAAUGGUGGGGUCCAGGCCAGCCUCGGGCAGUCGACAGAUCGAUAAGACCAUUCAAGAUAAACGUAUCAGAUGAGGUUUUGGAUGAUUUACAAGACAGACUUGAAUUAUUAACAACUCUUACUCCACCACUUGAGGGCAUAGGAUUCCAGUAUGGGUUCAACACAAAAUAUUUACAGGAAGAAGUAGUAGAAUACUGGAAGACAAAAUAUAAUUGGAGAGAACAAGAAAGGUUUUUGAACAAAUUUCCACAAUUCAAGACUUGUGUGGAUGGCUUAGAUAUUCAUUUCAUUCAUGUUAAGCCAAUCAGUGUUCCUGAAGGAACUGAAGUGUUGCCAUUGCUGCUACUGCAUGGUUGGCCGGGAUCUGUGAGAGAAUUUUAUGAGAUUAUACCUCACCUAGUGAAGCCACAAGCAGGUUACAACUUUGUUUUCGAAGUUAUAGUGCCCUCAUUGCCUGGGUAUGGUUUCUCUGAUGGUGCUGCAAAGCCAGGCCUUGGAGCUGCUCAAAUUGCAGUAAUUAUGAAGAACCUUAUGGAAAGAAUUGGGAUGCAAAAAUUUAUUGUACAAGGUGGAGACUGGGGAGCUGUGAUAGCAUCUAAUAUGGCCACCCUUUUUCCAGAGAAUGUAAAGGGGCUUCAUUCAAAUGCCUGUUUUGUACAGAGCUUGAAAAGCACAAUAAAGCUGUUUUUGGGGAGUCUUUGGCCAACAUUUGUGGUUGAAAAGGAUUAUGUUGACAAAGUUUAUCCUCUGUGGGAACAUUUUCAGUUUUUGCUUGAGGAAUCUGGUUACUUGCAUCUCCAAGCCACAAAACCAGACACAAUUGGAGUUGCUCUGAGGGAUUCUCCAGCUGGUUUAGCAGCAUAUAUAUUGGAAAAGUUUUCAACAUGGACUAACCCAGCAUGGAAAUCGUCGUCAGAUGGCGGUCUCACCAAGAAGUUCUCUCUUACAAAAUUACUGGAUAACAUAAUGAUUUAUUGGGUAACAGGAUCAAUCACAACCUCAGCAAGAUUAUAUAGUGAAACUUUCACCAAAGCUCAAAUGGCAUUAGAAUUAGACAGCAUACCAACAGCUGUCCCCAGUGGAUGCACAAAUGCUCCCAAUGAACUUAUGUAUUUGUCUGAAUCACUACUUCGUGACAAGUACGUCAACUUGAUCCAUUUUUCUCACAUGAAAGCUGGAGGACAUUUUCUCGCUUUUGAGGAGCCACAAUUAUUAGCUGAUGAUAUAUGGCAAUUUGUAAAGAAACUGAGAAAUAUUGCAAAAUGAUGAACACGAGAGUCAAAAGCGAUGGAAGAUGAUUUGUUAUACUCCCAUAAAAUUAAUGAAAACUCCUCUGUUUGAAUGGGGAAGUUAGCCUGAUAACAUUUGUCAUCAUGCCAUGUAUUAAAAAAAUGUUUCUGGUAAUUAUAGUAUUCUCUCAAAGUAAAUAAUGGAGAGCAUGGUGUACAUUUGAAGAACUUCGAAGGGAAUGAUGAAAAAUAGCAAUUUAUCUCUCACUGCCUGGGCAUCACAAGUCACAUGGCUACCAAUGAAGUUUAAAAUCUUUGCUGACGACUUGAAAACACGGCAAAGCAAGAGGGUAAAUAGGAUGAUAACACUCGCAUUCAGUAUUUCUCCUUCCAUGAUGCCAAACAACACACACUUGAAGUGGCACAAAAAAUUAUUUAAAUCAUAAAUGUAGUGAACAAUUUAUUGAUGUGAAAGAGGCUUUGAAUACUUCACAUUGAGGCUCCAUGAACAUAAAUUUCAGCAAAUAGUAUUUCUCCUUAUGACAAUGGAGAUGGUAUGAGUGUACUUCCAGAAAACACUUCAUGUGUUGUGUAUCAUGGUAUUUAAUACCCAUCACACUGAAGGCUUUCCAUUUCGUGUAUUAUUGUUUUAUUUUUAAUAAAACUUAAAAUGAA